GACAAAAAGUUUUGGUUCAAAACAAGGGCGGUGGGCGUCGACGACGCGCAAGUCCAGACGCUGCCCAAAUUCUUGAUAAAACAGGCUCAAGUAUCUUCCUUCUCUCCCGCACUUCUACUCACACGUCCUUGCCCAUCGCACGUGCAACAGAAAUCCACGUGGCAGCUUGACCGCAUUACUGGUUUCAAUUUGCAAGAACAGCCCGAUACCUUCAAAUCAAGAACAUUCAACAAGAUGGGAUCCAUUGCACAAGAGCCCGAGGAGCACAACUUCUCCUCGCCUCCUUCCACACAUUCCUUCUCCGCUCUCCUCUUCGACAUGGACGGCACAAUCAUCGACUCCACAGCAGCAAUUGAAAAACACUGGCAACAACUUGGCCGGGAAAUUGGCGUGCCUGGGGACGAAAUUCUCAAAACUUCACAUGGAAGACGGAGUAUUGAUGUUCUCGCGAUUUUGGCUCCCGAACGAGCGAAUUGGGAAUAUGUUUGUCAUGUGGAAGGAUUAAUUCCGAAGAUUUUUGGGAAUGAUCCUGAGAAUGGAGCGAAAGAAAUUCCGGGGUCGAGGAGGCUGCUGGAUGAGUUGGAGGCCGUGGGGGCGCCUUGGGCGAUUGUUACGAGUGGGACGAGGCCGCUUGUGCAAGGGUGGUUGGAUGUUAUGGGGUUGGCGAAGCCGAGGUUUAUGGUUACGGCGGAGGAGGUUGGGAGGGGGAAACCGGAUCCGGAGUGUUAUAGGAAAGGGGCGGGGUUGUUGGGGAAGGGAGAGGUGGUGGAGGGGGAGGAGGUUUUGGUUUUGGAGGAUGCGCCGGCGGGGGUGAGGAGUGGAAAGGCGGCGGGGUAUAAGGUUGUUGCUUUGGCUACGACGCAUGAUGUUGGGAGGUUGAAGGAGGCGGGGGCGGAUUGGAUUGUGAGGGAUAUGAGGAGCGUGAGGUUUGUGGGUUAUGAGGGGCAGGUCAGGAUUGAGAUUAGAGAUGCUUUGGUCGUGUGAGACGAUUGCGAGGGAAGGCGUGUUGACGAGUGCAUGAAUGGGAAUCGGUCCGGUAAUUUUGCUAGUGAUAGAAGAAUAGAUCUGGAGGGAGUCUACUUCAAAGUCUCGGACGAGUCCUCAUUGUGCUUUUUACGAAAUCCAACAC